AUGUCAUUAUUCUCAAAAAAAGAAUAAAAGAAACAACCUACACAAUUUUUGGAAUUUGAUUCACUUGCUGUUAAAAAGUAUAAUUAUGACUCAAAGAAAGCCAAUGAGUAGUCUGUAAAAUAAGAAUAGUAUAUUAAUGAUUUAAGAAAAGCUUAUGAUUAGUAAAGAGUUGAAAUUGAACCCAUCUUUUAAAAAAUUGAGAUACUAUAGGUAGAGAGAAAAUAAUUAAUGGACGAAGUUGAACAAUAUAAAAUGAGUCAGAUGGAAAUUCUAAAGAAGUAUGAAGUAGAAUAUUAGGAAAAAGAGAGACUUAACAAGGAAUGCUAAAAAUACAAAUAAUAAAUUUUAGCGCUCUAGAAGAUGUAAAUGCCUUAAGAGUUUUAAGAAAAAAAAUGUCAAGAAUUAAAAGAGUCUUUAUUUAAUACUAUCAAAGACAUAAUGAAUGACUUUUUGGAAAAUUAUAAUGAUUAGAUGGGUUACGACAAAGACGAUGAGGUAUCUGACACUUUGUUCCAUGAUUUACUUUAGUAGAUUGAUGACUCUAUAUUGAUGUUUGUAGAAAACUUACCAGCUUAAUCCAGUAGACAGUAUUAAACAGAAGAAGUUCAACAUCUCAAAGAUCAAAUAGAAAAAACGUUGUAAAUUGUAGCUAAUUUGCAAUCUGAGAAUCAAGACUUAGUUAUGUCCUUAGAAUCUGAAAAGUAGCUCAAAGACAAAAUUAACAAUCAGAAGAAUACUUAAUAGUAACUGGUUGGUUAAUUGCAAAAUUAAAUCGAGCAAUUAGUUAAUGAGAAAAAGACUGUUGAUCAAUAGCUAUUAGAAAUUUAGAAUAAAUAUUAGGAAUUGUAAAAAGAAUGUUAAAACUUGAAUUAAAUUAAAGAAGAUGAAAAAGAAAAGCUAAAAGGUGAAUAUAUAGCUUUGGUAAAUGAAUUAUAGAAGGAAAUUCAAAAAGUAUAAUAAGAAAAUUCCAAAGUUUUAUAAUAAAUUGAAGAGAAGAGUACAGAACUUAGCACUUUAACUGAACAAUUUAAUAAUAAAGUCAGAGAUCUGGAAACAAAAUUAAAUCAUGAAGAAUUAAAAUAAGAAUAGAAGUGUAAAGAAUUACUCAGAAAUGAAAGAGAAUUGAAUCAAUAUAAGGCUGAAGCUACUAAAUUGUUUCAAAGCAAUAAUUUGUUACAAUAACAAUUAGAUUCCUUUAAAGAAAAAAGAAAAUAAGAAAAAGAAAUAUUUGAUGAUUAAAAGGAUAAAUUUAAAUAGAUGAAAUUAUAACUAUCAUAGUAGGAAUAGGAAUACUCAGCAAAAAUUACUUAACUUGAAGAAUAAAUUCAAUUGCUUCAAUAAAAAACUGAAAGCACUGUUUCAUCAGAGAUUUCUAUCAAUCCAGAAAUAGUUAUGGAAAAAGAAUUAUAAAUGUCAAAAUUAGAGUAAGCUAUCUAAGAAUUAACUUAAAAAAACAGUGAAUUAAAAUAAAAAAUAGCUGAGAAUAAAAUAGAAAUUAAUGAUUUGAAUCACGAAUUAGAAUAAUAGAAACUGACCAAUCAUUAACAUUUAGAAAAAAGAGGAAUUGCAUUAAAUGAAUUGAAUCGCUUAGAACAAUAAAAUUCACUAUUAAAAUAGAAAAUAAACGAUCUAAAUUCUGCAAGCAAAUAAUUACAAUUAGAAAAUUAAUAGAUAUCUUAAAUGAUCAAUCACUCAAAGUAAUAACCUGCUUCAACAAUGCAAAAGUAAAUGCUGAAUCAAAGCAUUUCAAAAACUCCAAUGGUAGAACCACAUAAUUUAGACUCAUCUAUGAUAUCUGAUGGGGAGAGCUAAAUAUCCAAGAAUUCCAAGACUCCUUCCAUUCUCAUGAAGGGCUUAAAUUAUUUCAAACCAAAAUCUCUACCAAUUUAAUUUUAAGAAAAUUCAGAUAUGAAAAUUGCUGUGACUAUGAUCCAUAAGCAGACGGAGGACUUAAAAUAUAAUUUAGAAUAACUCUAUAAAUGCUUUUUGUCGACAGUUCUUUUAACUUAAAAUAGUGAGGAUACUAAAUUUCUUAAGUUUGAAAGGGAAAUAAACGAAUGUUUGAAGAAAACUUAAGAUUUGAAUGAUAAUAUUGAAGAUUUCUUGAUAUUAUGA